AUGUGUGAUAACUCAGGGACAUUUAAUCCUUUGUCACCAUUUAUUAAAAUAAAAAAAACUCCAGAAUAUUGUGAGUUUGAUUUAAGAAAAUUAAAAAAAUGUGCCGAUGGUUUUGUUGUCUGGAAUGAUAAGAUUUCUAACUUAGCUACUAACUCCUAUCCUUAUCAUAAUAUUCACAAAAAAAUUAUUCGUAAGAUUAAAAAAGCAAAGUAUUGGCAUUCUAUACCAACAAAAAAACAUCCCUAUGCUGGGGAUACUGAAAUUUGUACACAUAAAGUUAUUGUCUUAGAACAUAAUUUUCAAAGAGAAUUGUUUACCGAAAACGAUAAUGAAAGUGGUGUAUUUGUUAAUGAUAAUGAUUUCAAAAUUAAAAAUUUGUCUACAGAUGAUCUAAUAGCAACUGGUGAUUCAUCUUCAAGUUCUUCCUUAGGAUUGGAUACUGUAAGUAGAGAUGAUAAAACAAUUUCUGAAAUGCCUCCAGUACAAUUGACUGUUAGUGGGGAAGGUGUAAAACAUAUUUCAAGUUCUACAGAAAAAAAUGGCAUGAUUGUAAAAAAUACUAAUAUUUUGAAAAAAGAAACUGAUGAUUGUUUUGUUGAUAAACCUCGCAAUAUACAUUUAGUUGUUUUUGUUCAUGGUCUCGAAGGAACUCCUCAUGAUUUAGCUGAAUAUCCUCACUUUAUAACACAAGUUAAUCCAGAUACAUUUUAUAAGUUUUACAAUUCACAGUCAAAUGUUGAAAAGACGUGGAAAGAUAUUAAUACUCUUGGAAAAAACCUUUUAACUGAAAUUAAUCUUCAUAUAGAACUUAUGGAAUGUAAACCAAACAAAAUUUCAUUUAUAGCUCAUAGUAUGGGAGGAAUUAUUGUGAGAAGUAUGUUCAAUACAGAAGGAAUAGAAAAGUUAAAACCUUACUUUCAUACAUUUCUUACUUUUCAUUCCCCACAUUGUGGUAUACGUUAUGGUUCAAAAAGAGUCUCAAUAGGUGUACGAUUUAUAGAAUGGUGGUUUAAUUCAAAUUCUAUAAAACAAUUAUCAUUAAAGGAUAGUGAUACAUUAGAUGAUUCAUUUAUGUAUAAGCUAUCACAAAACGAUGCUUUUAGUUCUUUUAAAAAUGUACUACUGGUAGGGAAUUAUCAGGAUAAUUUCGUGUGUGGAAGUUCUGCUUUAGUUGAACAUAAUACUAAAUCUUAUAAUGACAAAUCACGUAUGGGUAAAUUAUAUAACAUGAUGAUUGAUAAUAUUGAAAAUGUGGUUAUAAACUCUCAAAAUGAAACACUUUUAAUAAAAUAUAUUGUGACUCAUGAUACGGAUGGUAAGUUAAACUUCGACCGUUUAAUAGGAAGAGAUGGACACGUUCAUCCUUGUGAUGAUUUACAUUUUAUUGAAAAAUUAAUACAUUGCUCAGCAGGAAAAUAUUUUGCUUAA